AUGUGGGGCCCCCAAAAAACCCUUUGUAGCGUCCAUGACGCGUCGCGCCUCGAGCUCCUCGACCUGCAAUCCCCCUCCCUCAUCCUCGACGUCGGCUGCGGCAGCGGUCUCUCCGGCGAGAUCCUCACCGCCGAACUCCCCGAGCACGGCGGACCGCACACGUGGAUCGGCAUGGACGUGUCGCCGUCCAUGCUCGACAUUGCCCUGCAGCGUGACGUCGAAGGCGACCUCAUGCUCGCCGACAUAGGCCAGGGCGUGCCCUUCCGCGCCGGCUCCUUCGACGCCGCCAUCAGCAUCUCGGCCAUCCAGUGGCUCUGCAACGCCGAGAGCAGCGACACGUCGCCCGUCGGCCGCCUGACGCGCUUCUUCAACGGGCUCUACGCCUCGCUUCGCAGGGGCGGCAAGGCCGUGUGCCAGUUCUACCCCAAGAACGACACGCAGAGGAACAUGAUCACGCAGGCCGCCGUCAAGGCCGGCUUCGGCGCCGGUAUCCUCGAGGACGACCCCGAGACCAAGAACGUCAAGCUGUACCUCGUCCUGACGGUGGGCGGCGGCGGUGCCGGCGGCGGUGCCGGCGACAUCACGGGCGUCGUCGACGGCAUGGACAACGUCGACGUCCAGGACGAGAGGAGGAAGGCCGAGAAGACGGGCAAGGGCGAGAUCAAGAAGGGCAGCAAGGCCUGGAUCGUUCACAAGAAGGAGCAGAUGGAGCGCAAGGGCAAGGUUGUCAAGUCGACGUCCAAGUACACCGGUCGCCAACGGCGCGUUGCCUUUUAG